CUGGGUCGGAACUACUCCAGAACCCUCGUUGAUUUAUAUGUUGAAGUGAUGCACGAUUAAUCAGUGUGCGUUUGCGGUAUUAGUUUCCAACAUCUCCAGAUUUGAAUUCUGAUCAAACGAACCCUGUUUUUUACUGGUAUUUCGAGGCCGUGUAGAGUUAUGGAGCAAAUUGUCCCUGGUGGGAAGGUUUUCUUCCCGUUUGCGUUAGGAAUGCUGCUGGUAAAUGGACUGUGCACAGCCACCGCACCUGCAUCCAGGGUGUCGUUGGUUCCUCCGUUGGGUGGCCCGUUAGAUCCGUCCGCGUCCGCGGCUGAACAGAUUCAAAUGUUGGCUGACUGCGUUGUAACCAUCAGCGACAACUACCGCCGGCUGACUGAUGCGAACCAUCGGGAUACUACGGCUUCGGUACGCAGCACCGCUCCUAUCCUGAACGCUUCAUCCACGCCGUCUGCCGCCUGUCCCGCUAUCCACCCCCCACCGACGAAACCUCGACCCGCUCAACACCAGUCGAAUCCAGUCCGGCGCAACGAACUCACGUGGCACCACGUCCUGCAAAGCCUCGAACGGUCAUUUGAACGUCAGCCGGUUUGCACUACCAUCUUUGUCCUUUUCGCCAUCUACACAUUGUAUCUGGCCAGGAUGUGAGCAUCAUCUUAAUCGUCAACGACGUCUGUGGGCGCGUUAUGCUAAACAGAGCCGCUUUUUAUUGGACCUUGUCUGUGUUAUGUGUGUCGUUGAGUCUUUUUAGCCUCUCUUGGGAUAUUCGCUGGAUUGGUGUACUAACGCUUGCAGACUUUUAUCUGGCUUUCUUGCCGCUUA